GUCGAGGAAUAUAGAAUGGAGUUAUGAAAUACAUGGUAGUAAAAUGGUUUUCGGUCGGAAAACUAACGCCAAGAUUGAGAUGGCGAGCAGCAAAGAUGAGCCCAGAGUACACGUAUCUUUACGUGGAGACCAGUUUGUUAUCGAUUUGAAGGCAAAAACUGGCCGCGGACAACGAACUGGUGAACAAAUAACACUGACCAGGAAGGUGAAGGGAGCUGAAGAAGGAAUUCCACUUCCAAAGCACUGGAGUCCAAUGCCACCCUCUGAGACUGUACACAAAGUACAACUUCUCCCAGGCUCCUCUGAGUAUCAAGAUGUCUUGAGCAAAAUGCACGCCACCACUGGCGCAAUAAAUGUUCAGAACAUCGAGCGGGUGCAAAAUCCACAUCUGUACCAGUCUUACAUGGUGAGAAAACAGAAGAUGGAUAAAGACACCGGGGGAAAUAGUGAACGGCAGUUGUUUCAUGGAACCGACGCUAAGAACAUCAGCCAUAUCAACACUCAAGGAUUUAACAGAAGUUUCUGUGGAGUCCACGGAACGGCCAUUGGUCGAGGUGUGUACUUUGCCAGAGACGCCCAAUACUCAGUUGGAUACGCUGCGGGUGGUGUUGGGGGUCGCUACAUGUAUCUUGCUCGAGUCUUGGUGGGGCAGUAUUGCGUUGGAAAAUCUACUAUGAUCGUACCCCCGCCCAAAAAUCCAUCGAAGCCGGAAAUUUUGUACGACUCCGUAGUAGACCGGAUGGGAAAUCCGGGCAUGUUUGUAGUUUUCUUUGAUAAUCAGUGUUAUCCUGAGUAUCUGAUAACCUUUUAGUAAUCUUAAAUUUCUGCUAAGUCAGUUUGAACUUGUUUGUAAUCCACUUGAAAACCAAAGUAGAACUUUAAGAUGUGCCAACACAGGCGCUCCGAAAUAGAUUCUCAAUCGAUAGGGCCUAGAGUUUUUGUGUUAACUCCUUUCGCUGUUGGAGACUUCAGACACAAGAUGGAGCUUAGGAGAACGAGUUCUCAGAGGGUGAUAGAGCAUCUAAAUGUGGCAACCAGAGCAAGUAACCAGAUUGUCAGCUGACUUAUGAACAUUUUCUCGAGUUUCAAUACUUGCAAUUUGUGAAUUUUAAUGAAAUGCACCUCAAACGUUGACUAGGGUUCUUUUAAUGUGAAAAACCAAUACCUUUGUAGAUGACUUAACCGAUUCAUCAACCUUUAUACGCUUUCCUUGGCCCAUUUUUGUUUCUGAAGUAGCGGAUCUGAACUAGUAGUCUCCGAAGAGUCGUAAAUUAACGUUUUUAGAAGCAACACAUACGAUGCUCAUUGGGGUAGCUUGGAGUGUAACGUUAUUUGCUUGAAGAACCGAGUUGGCUCAGAGAGGAUGAUGGGUAAGAGAGUUCGCCCCCACAUAUAGGCCUUACUUCCCUUCUUUCUAUAUAUAGACCUUCUCUCACGUAUAACGUACCACGCCCGUUGCCAAUAUGUUGUUUUGGAGAAUGCAAACGCGGGUAAAGCCGCUUGGGCUGUCCAAGUGAGCAAACUUAAUUCGCGCGCCGCAGAAUCUGUUAUAUCGAGACCCCACUGGGAUUUCAGGAGCCUGGCCGGUGAUGCACUAAUGACUUAAAUUCUCUUACGUUUCAUCCGUACCUGAGGUUGCUCAAAAGGCGAGAUCGUUUUUGUUGACAUCAUAGGAAAUUCAGUUUGCAAUUGAAUCAUACAAGUUAACAAAUCAAUAAAGCACUGACUAUACAA